AUGCGACCGAAAAGGCGGCGGGAGGCGGUCGAGAAAACGGACGGGGAUGUGAUACAGUACAUAGAAGAGCGUCUCCGGUCCUUGAGUGACGGAGAGACGGCCCGCGGACUGGGACUGGUGGUAUCAUACGAUGGGGUCUUGUGCUCCACGACCAAAGGCGAGACCGGAGCCGAGAGUGAGUCCGACACGUACCCGGCCGACUAUCCCUACGAGGUGAAGUUCGACGGCCAGCAACUGCUUUACAACACGCGCUGGACCAACUGGGCACCGUACUACGACACGUGGGAGCCGCGCGAGAAUUUCGAAACCGCGACCUUCAAUGACUUGCUUUCCUACCUGGCGCUCAAGUUCUUUGCCCUAUGGCUAGGACAACGACGUCGAGAAGGCUCCGAUAGAGUUGAAAUCGGUUCUGACAAAGGUACCGCCCUUGACAGUCAGUUUGUUUAUGAGAUGAGGAAUCUUAUCAAAUUCUUCCCGACGUCGCAAAAGACGGUGCAAAUGUUCCUUUGGUACGAUUCAAAGAAGUUCGUGAAUUGGGAGCUGGGUGCGAAGGUUCCCCCAUCGGAGGGUGCAGGACGGAGCUAUUCCGAAGCUUUGAAGAGCUUGAUGUUCCAUCUGACCGAGGUUAUUCCCGGUAACACUCUCUGGUACUGGCAGGGAGACCACGACCCCAGCUUCAGCCACUACCGGCUGCCCAAGAGCAGAGCCGUCGACUUGAACUCUGUGCCAGGAGAGGUGCUGGUGGACUUGCACAGUUCGGAAACUUUACUUCAAGUAUCCUACCCACUUAAAUUCAGAGCUGAUGCCUCCGAGGAGGUGGAAGCUGUGCAGAAACUGCGAACGGCCUGUGCCGUCCGAAGCUCUGAGCAAAAGAACACGCAUGGGAUAAAUACCCUUGAGGAAGACACGCGUGUGACGGAUAUGGGUGAGAAAACAACCGGAGGUUAUAAAGAACGAGAUAUCACCGUUCAACAACAGCGUCGACCAAGUUCGCCCGCGGCCAAGGGAUGCCGUACGGCAUGCUCGGACUUGUCGGGAAUUACGUCCGUAACUCUCGCUGAAGGCUGCCCUCCCGCUGGAGACUCAGCUGACCCGUGGGGGGAGGCUAGGAUUAGUUGUCACCUGAGUGGAGGCAGGAUGACCGUCCUCGACGAUGAGACGGUGCAGCAAGACCUAAUUUGGCGACCGCCGUGGGCCGAUCUGUCAGCGGCCAUACGAAGGCACGGUCAGUCACUGCUGCCUGCCUACAGCUCGUUACGGUCGUAUGUGCCCUUGCACAUUGAGAAUAUGUUGAGCAUCGAGGAACCGGCUACGAGCGAAGCAGCCGGACAUGCACAGAGCAAACUGUGGAAGACACGGGCGUCGGAGGUGAAUGUGUGGAAGGUCAAUGUGGUGGCGGCGGCGACCGAUUCGAAAGAAAAUCGUAGCGCCGACCCUGUGUGCUCUGACUCCAACUCUAAACAUGUGCACCCGAUCACAAAGCAAGUGUGCUUGCUCUCUUUUAGGCGCUACUACGGCCACAGUGGACCCCAGUCGGUGUGGGUAGAUGCGGGGGUGGUGGCUGGUCAGUUCCCGUUUUUAUUGGCUAACUACUUCUGCGACCAAGUCAUCAGCGAGUACAUACGUACGUGUACUGUCGAGUUCGAGUUAUUCUUGCCCGGGUUGUUGUGGGAGGCCCGGUGGGCGCUUGCUGACCCGGAGCAACUGCGGAGCGUCACGGUUCAGUGGGCGGACAAGCGCCAGAGAGGUGGUCCCUCCAAAUCGCGGAGGAAAGCAGAAGCGGAAUGGCAGAUGAAGACGCAGAUGACCACCCAGACGACAACGCAGACGAAGGAGGAAGAGCAGGGGAGAAGAGGGCACUAUACGGUCGCGACAGAGGCGGAAACGACCGGGGCGGAUUAUGCGUCAGCGUCAGCGACACAUUCUUACCGGGGGCCGCAGGAGGACCUGGUGGUCAUCGACAGUUCCGAAGACGAGUUGGACAAGAGCAGAGCAGGGGACAAGAACAGGGCAGGGCGCCGGAGCAGGGCAGGGGCCGACCCGGGGUCGCCUCAGGGACAGUUGCGUAGUCGCUUAGCCGCGUCGGAGUGGGUGUUGGUAGCACUGAGGGGGCGGUUUCAAGACGUGUUUUCGGCUUUGUACCAGCUGGCCGUGACCUUUGAGAAACUCCGGAUCGAAGUGGACGGGGCGGAGCUGAGACAGGCACUCAAUGUACCGCAACCGGAACCUGUGUCGGGCCACGACACACGCAUCGUCCUCAUGCUGCCGCUUCCCCGGUCACCACCAACUGGUCAAAAGGCGCCACCCAGUGGUCAUGACGCGGCGGUCGACCCGGCCCCAGCGGCGGCGAAACCUCCCACGUUCGACUGGUCCCCCUUCCUUAACUCUCCCGGAACCGCCGAUAAUUCUGGCGCCAAAGACAAGACCGAGGCCAGAACUAAGACCGAGAACAGAACUGAGACCGAUCAGGGUCGGUUGACGGAGUGUCUGGGGCCGCGUCCGGGCGAGGUGGCGUGGUUGAUACGACUUAUGCGAGGUGUGUGCGGCGAGGGGGCGGUUGAGUACCCGCCGUUCAAGUUGAGUCCGGCGUCGGACGCACAUUUGCACAAAACCGCUGCGUUGGUCGGGCCUUACACUGGCGUGCGAGAAGAACCUUUCGUCGCACCCCUUCUCUUCUUCGACCGACCUGUCAAGGCCAUGCUGUGUGUGCAAGCCGCGCUCGCCGCACUUGUUAAACGUCAUGUUACCACACACGUGUGCGGCGCACGCGACUACCUCCUCUACAGAACUUUCUUCUGCAGUCCCGGCCUGCGGGCCCCCGGGUCGGGGAAGCGGGGGCCCGGAGAUGACUCUGCGUUAUAUCGUCAAGUGCUCGCCAUGCCCAGGCCCCAAUUUUUCGACGACCCGCGCACGUUCCAUCAAAUCUGCCAACUCGAAAACUCGUUGUGGGCCCAAUUGCUGGCUACCUCGCCAGACGCACCCGCCCUUCCCCCGCUGAACCUGACCCGCGUGAUCUCCCCACCGACUACCCGGGCAAUGACCGCCCCGAGCGUGACCUCUCCGGCCACCGCAACCGUGGCCGCUGAGCUUGGUCUGCGCGACCGCUACGCCCAUUUGUUGGCGUAUGGGCUCUUGUCCUACGGAUGCCCCGCACCCGUGUGCCCGAAUGAGACGACUUUCGUCCCGGCCGCCUUCCAAGUCGACGAGUGGGGUGACCUGGUCCUUCAAAAUCACACCGGGGCCCGCGCUUACUAUCUCGGCCCGUCUUUCAGCCGCAACGACGUCCAGGGGCACUUUGCGCCCGUCGUAGAUGACUGA